UAGCACAUGGCGGCGUCCUUGGGCUUGUGGGAGGUCCGUCCUGCACCCGUUCAAUGUUUAUAUUUACAAUUGGAGAACGAAUGCUGAACGAAUUUGUUGAUGUUUUUAGUUUUCGUAGCAGUCCCAGAAAUAGUAUAAUCAGAAGCCAGCAGUAUGUCUGAUGAGCCAGUGCCAAAGAGGAUCCGCAUUGAUACAGAGGAGCUUGGCUCUCUUCCCAAAGAUGACCUCAUAGACAAACUUCGUGAACAGGAGUAUUAUGUUCGAUACUUAGAGAAGUCACGGCCCCGGUCAGCAAAUGGAGGUGAAGACGAUGAUGGCCGUAGCUCAGAAGAGAAAUUAAAGCAGCAAAAUAUGGAAGCUGCAAGAAGAGAAAAUACUUUGGUGCUUCGACUAACAAAUAAGGAACAGGAGCUACAAGACUGUUUGAACCAGAUCUCCGAGAUGAAACAAGCGCAGACACAGAGUACAGCCCAGCUUCGAUCCAUGCUUCUAGAUCCAGCUCUGAAUCUUGUGUUCCAGAGGAUGGCAAAAGAAGUCGAUGAGUCCAAAGAAAAACUGAAGCAAACACAAAAUGAACUGAGCAGCGCUUGGAAGUUCACGCCAGACAGUCAAACAGGCAAGCGACUUAUGGCCAAGUGUCGCAUGUUGCUCCAGGAAAAUGAGGAGUUAGGGAAGAUGAUAGCUUCAGGAAGGACAGCCAAGUUAGAAGGGGAAAUAGCACUACAGAAAACUCUAGUUACAGAAAUGAAGAAAAAUCAAGAAGAACUGGAUGAGUUUGUGGGAGACCUGGAGGAAGAUGUGGAGGGCAUGCAGAGUUUGAUAUAUGAACUACAGACACAACUAAAGGAGACUAAAGAGCUAGCAGCAAAACUACAGACAGAGAAUGAGCAGCUGAGGACUAUAAGCAGCACACAGCAGCUUAAGGAGCCGCCUCCUUUAGCUGCUGAUGGGGGUAAGCAGGUACUUAAUCAUAUACCAGUCAGUCCCAAACCAGAGACUACCCAACCUGGGGACGAUGAUCCCAGCCCUGUUAAACAAGAGACUACAGAUGUUACCGAGACACGGUCUCAGUCACCAUCAUUAGGCAAAGACCUGACCAAUCACACAUGUCCGGAAAGUUCCCACAAGGAGGUCGAAGCCAUGGAAACAGACUCUGCACAGAUCAACUGUAGUGACAGUGUAGGUGUAAAGGACACCGUGGAGGAAGAGGAUGAAGAGGAAGAGAUGGGCUGUGAUUCGGGGGAGGCAAAAUGGGCCAGCACUGAAAGAACUACACAAGCAAAUAGCCACGGUGUCAAUUCUGGUGUUCCUUCAGCAGAUAGCACUAGCUGUCCCGACCACACGGACCCUACCGAGGCCUGGACUCCUCCUCCUCCGAUGACAAACUCCAAGACAACGGAGGAUAAUGGUGCUGAAGACUCGUUAAGCUCGCCCGACAAGGCGGCAGUGACCUCACAUGGCGACAGUGACACUCCUCUGGUCGCCACGGAGAUGAAACCUGUGAGAAACGGUGUGGAGCAAGUGACUCGACUGGAGACGGGGGAGGAGGUAGAGGAGGUCUAAUCGCACUGCUCAUUCACCAGUUCAACAGUCAUCUGCUUGUUUAUUCUGUAUGCAUGCUGCAGACUCGGAUCUUCAUUGCAAGAGAGCUGCUGGUCUUGGGAAAUCUUUCAGGAUUUUCAUGGGAUUAACAUACUUAGAAAACUUGAAAACUGAAGCACAAUUCUUGUUCAGUCAGUUUCAUAUUCAGUAGGGUAGCAUAGCGGUAAAGUGUACACUCAUGCUGAAGGCCUGGGUUCAAUUCCCAAGAUGGGUAUGAUGUGCAAACCCCGAUAGGGUUUUCAGAUAAACUAAUGUUAAAAAGUAACAAAAACCCAACUAACUCAAUCACCCAGUAAUACUAAGAUUUGUUACUUUACCUUGAAAGUAUAAAAGAAUUCAGUUACAUUUCUCAAAUUCAGAGGGUCUCUGAGAUUACAUAAAUCUUCUUCCACGUUACAAAUAUGCUGUUGAAACUAGGUAUCGGUUUUUCAGUAGACAAAUGUCAAUUUCAAAGUGACAACACAAAUUAAGGAAUCGGUAUACAUUUCUGACAUCAGGAAAAUCAUUCUUCGGUCAAAAACAACAUCAAAACACAUUCACAUGAGCAUGAAGUCAUUUGUUUUUAUCACCCAGUGAAAUGAACUCAAACCACCUUCACAGCCAAUUUUCAUCAAGUUCAUUACAACAGACUGAAAUCGUUCGAGUUUGUAGCAUGCAACAGUUGUGUAGUUUGUGUCAUCAUCAUUCAAUAUAACAAUCCGUCUAUGAAUUCCAGACAUUCAGGAAGACAUGAGAACUCAUUCUGGUUUUGUACAUUUUGUUUACAUUAUUCAACUAUAUGUUGUUUACUAGAGAGGAACGUGGGGUGAUCACCGAGCAGGGACUGCAAUACACUUAGGGGACACAUCAGGGCUUAAAGAUCAGGAACUGGCCGUUGCCAUGGUUUGCGCCUAUUUAUGAUUUUGAUAAUAAAUAGUUAAUUGGUUGCGUACUGUACAUUGUUGUUAAGUGUCUGUAAACUUCAGCUCAUCGAAGCUUAUUAAGUUUUUAUGGUUGAAAAAGUACUUUCUACAUAAGAACAUCUGUUCAGUUUGCUCAAAGUCGUUAAAAGAACAAUUUAAUAAGAACCACUGUGUUCCCGUGAAUGGGUAAUAUGUGUGGAGAUUUUAAUUAGAUGCAUAUACAAUGAGUGUUUGGUUUUAAUCAUUGACAGCAUGUAAUAGCUGUGUAUUCUCAGCUUGGACUGUGUUUUAAUUCAAUAAUGACUUUGUUCAUCCUUCUGGAGACUGAAAAGGUUUUGUGAUUGUUGCCAAAAGCAGAUGUUGAGGUUACAUUCAUUCUCUCAGUCUAAUAUAGGACUUGCAGGAAUGGUUUGUAUUCUGCCAUUGUUAGUGCCAAGGAAGUAUAAGAUUAUUGAUGAACUACUUCUUCAUAACCCAGGGCUGGAAAUAACUUUAAAAUUGCUAGUGUACUCCGGUACAGUAGCACAAGUAAAAUCACUUGCCCUGAUAAUUUUUCCACUAUACUGGCCGAUUUUCUUGUUGAUUUU